AUGAUUGAGGUCAUCCGCCAGAUGCCAGUACCGAAGAACGUGGCAGAGGUUCGCUCGUUCCUUGGUAUGAUCAACUACUAUGGAUCGUUUGUCGCGGAGAUGCGCCAUUUACGCGCACCACUGGCUGCUUUGUUGAAGAAGAACGUUCCGUUCAAAUGGAAUGAGGAAUGUGAAGCAGCCUUCAAUCGCGCCAAGGAAGUGCUUGCUUCAGGCCUGCUCCUGACGCAUUUUGAUCCUAGUCUGGAUAUUAUUGUAGCGGCCGAUGCAUCAGACCUUGGAAUUGGAGCAGUGAUUCUGCACAGGAUGCCGGAUGGGACCGAGAAGGCAAUAUGGCAUGCAAGCCGAAGUCUCACCGCUGCAGAAAGGAACUACGGUCAGAUCGAGAAAGAGGGAGUCGCCUUGAUAUUCGCUAUUCGAAAGUUCCACCGUUACAUAUAUGGACGUCGAUUCAAGUUCCUCACGGAUCAUAAGCGGAUCAUAAGAAAAUGGUGCCCGUAUACACGGCGAAUCGACUGCAACGUUGGAAGUUGA